GAGUUUAGUAAACCUAUUUUCCGCCUCAGUUCAGCCACGCUGGGUAAACAAAAGCCAGAGAGCGUCAGCAGCGUGUCAGCAGCGCUCCCUGGCUGUCUCCCUCCCAACAAAAAAAAAGGGGAAAAAACAACACUUUCGGGAAGAAUAAAGUUAGUUUUUGUCCUGUAGCUGGAAGAACGGCUCGACAAUGUGGAGACAGCAGCGGAGACCCCUGGCUUGUCUCGUAUUACUGGUGACGCUGGCCGAUGCUUAUCAAUUCCUGAGCCAGAACACAGCUUCCCAGUUCCUGAUCAGGCACCGGAGGGCCAACUCUCUGUUUGAGGAGAGCAAGAAGGGUAACCUGGAGAGGGAGUGCAUUGAGGAAGUGUGCAACAAGGAGGAGGCCAGGGAGAUCUUCGAGAACCACCCAGAGACGGAAUACUUCUACCCCAAAUAUGUCUUGUGUUUGGGGUCCCACCGCGUUGGCAUCAACAACCAUAACUCCGGUUCAAACAUCCCGCCAGACCUUAGAACCUGCGUGACGGAGAUCAGUAACCAGUGCACGCCGUUCCCAUGCUAUAAGGAGGGCUCGGAGCGCUGCGUUGACGGCCAGGCCUCCUUCGAGUGUGUUUGCAAGCCAGGCUGGAAGGGGAAGCGCUGUGAGGAUGAUAUCAAUGAAUGCUCUGAUCCUGAGUAUCCAGCAGGAUGCAACCAAAAAUGUCACAACAUACCAGGCAGCUUCCACUGCUCAUGUGAGGAAGGCUUCUUCAUCAAUGACAACAUCAACUGUAUUGAUAGAGAUGAAUGUCUGUUGUUCCCCAGUAUCUGUCAGCACCCAGCUCGAUGUGUCAACACGCUGGGCAUGUAUGAAUGUUGGUGUCCUCUGGGAUUUAAAUACAACUUCACUUCCAGGACCUGCGACGAUGUGGAUGAGUGUAAUACGUUUGCGUGUGACGGGACCUGUCACAACACAGUGGGCAGCUACACGUGCCACUGUGACGGCCGUCAGGGUUUACAGCUGGCAUCAGAUGGGCGAUACUGUGAGAGCAUCCCUGUUUGCGUGGAACUGAACGACUAUAAACACCCUGAGAUGCUUUACCUGGGGGAGCAGUUUGCAGGGUUUCCCAUCAUCUACCUGCGCUUUCGCCUUCCUGAGAACACAAAAUUUGCAGCUGAGUUCGACUUCAGAACUUUUGACCCAGAGGGAGUUGUUCUGUAUGCAGAAUCUUCCCCAGACUCCUGGUUCAUGUUGGGACUGAGGGCUGGUCGCAUUGAAGUGCAGUUUAAAAACCAGCACAGCUACAAGGUUACAAGUGGGGGAAAAGCCAUCAAUGAUGGACAGUGGCACGUGAUCUCUGUGGACGAGCUGGAAAACAGCAUCAGCGUGAAGAUCAGCAAAGAGGCUGUGAUGAGCAUCAACAGCCCUGAGAAUCUCUUUACUUCUGUCAAUGGCAAACUGGAGACCAAGGUCUACAUCGCUGGGCUGCCGAACCGCACAGACAGUGUUAUAAAGCCUAUCAAUCCCCGACUUGACGGUUGCAUCCGUGGCUGGAACCUUAUGAACCAAGGAGCAUCCGGGGUCAAAGAGGUCAUUCUGGAGAAGCAGAGCAAACACUGUUUUGUGCACGUGGAACGAGGGUCUUUCUUCUUAGGGGCUGGACUGGCCCACUUCAAAAUAGACUACACAGGUGAUUCUGGGAGCUGGAAGGUGGACGUAUCAAUGAAUAUCCGUCCGUCCAGCAGCACAGGUGUCCUCUUUGCUCUUGUCUACAACAACACAGUCCCCUUGUCGGUUGCAGUGGUAACAAAGGGAGAAGAUGAUGCAAACCUGCAGGUUUUCCUAGACGGCGUCUCUGUGGCCACAGUGGACUCCUUGAUGCUGUGUUACCCCGAUCGGCUGAUGGUGCAGCUGAACGUGACUCCGACACACAUGGAGAUCACAGCAAACUCCUCCAGGCUUACCUACAUAGAGUCUGAAGCCCUGCUGAAGGCACUGGAGCACCUCAACACCACCAUGCAGAACCCUGUGGACACAUACAUUGGUGGGAUACCAGAUGACAUCCCGUUGCCUGUCACGCCUGUAUCAGCCUUUUACCACGGCUGCAUGGACAUCUCCAUAAACGGCAGGCAGGUGGACUUUGACGAAGCUCUAAGUAAACACAAUAGCAUAAAGUCUCAUUCUUGUCCUCCAGUGAGUAACCAAGGGCACCCCUGAUCUACCACAGCCAGAAUAGGAAGUCACUUUAAUUAGAAAACCACUAAAAAUAGGCCUCUUAUGGAGCAUCUCUAGGGAUGUACAUUUAGUCUCUUAUCCAUGCUGUUUAAAUUUGUCCAUCAUUUUUAUUCUCAGUUUUUCAUUUAUCAGUUAAUUUCAACAGAAGCUGGACAUUGUAGUUGUAUAACUUUGUUGCAAUGUAUGUCAAAUUUUAAAAGAUAUUUCCACAGAAAGGGUUCAGCUCUGCUGCACCAGUGUGUAUUAUGCAUCACAUGGUUGGCUUUGUGUAGAUGAAUAAACAAAUGGUCACCGCUGGCCAGGCUCUGAUGGUCCCUGCGUCCCUCUCCUUGCUGUUGUUACAUUCCUUUCUGUAUCUUGUUGCACAUGUUUGUCUGAAUCAAUACUACGGAUCUGAAUCACACACAUUAAAUUUGAACUUUAAGUCUCUA